UAUACAACCGUUCAACAUUAGGUUUCAUAUUUUAUUGGCAAAUUUGAUUAAUUUGUUGUGCGAUUUCGAUAAGCUCACAUUAUACCAUUCUUUGUUACUUGAAAACCUUUUGUAGUUAGCGAAAAUGAGAGUUAUUUUCAUUGGUUUUUUUCUAUUGGCUGUUGCUAUCGUAGUAUCUGGAGAAAAAGAUGCAACUGAUGCGCAUUUUUUAUCAAAUGAAUUCAUUGAACUGGUGCGCAAUAAUGCGAAAACAUGGACACCGGGAAGGAAUUUUCCUGAAUCUAUCGGUGAGAAAUACAUUCGUGGUUUAAUGGGAGUCCACCCAGAUUCGCAUAAAUUCGCACUGCCACAAUUAAUAAAAGAAUCUGGUGAUAGCGAUAUUGAAUUGCCAGAGCAAUUUGAUUCGAGAAAGCAAUGGUCUCAGUGUCCUACUAUUUCGGAAAUACGGGAUCAAGGUUCUUGCGGAUCGUGUUGGGCGUUUGGAGCAGUGGAAGCAAUGUCAGAUAGGUUUUGCAUUCAUUCCAACGGAACCAAAAAUUUUCACUUUUCUGCUGACGACUUGGUAUCAUGUUGCCAUACAUGUGGAUUUGGAUGCAACGGGGGAUUUCCAGGAGCUGCCUGGAGCUAUUGGACUCGAAAGGGUAUAGUUAGUGGUGGUGCUUUUGGUUCUAAUCAGGGUUGUCGUCCAUAUGAGAUUGCACCAUGUGAACAUCACGUAAAUGGUACGCGUCCAGCUUGCGAUGGUGAACAUGGAAAGACUCCCCGAUGCCAACAUAAAUGUCAAGCUAGUUAUAAAGGUGAUUACGCAAAGGAUAAACAUUAUGGUGCUAAAGCGUAUUCUAUCGGCCGCAAUCAACGAGACAUCCAAGAAGAAAUAUAUAAAAAUGGUCCUGUUGAGGGAGCAUUUACAGUUUAUGAAGAUUUAAUAUUGUACAAAGACGGUGUUUAUCAACAUGUAAUGGGAAAGGCCCUUGGAGGUCACGCUAUUCGUAUUUUAGGUUGGGGAGUAGAAAAUAAUACACCAUACUGGUUAAUAGCCAAUUCAUGGAAUACGGAUUGGGGAAAUAAUGGAUACUUUAAAAUUUUGCGKGGCGAAGAUCACUGCGGAAUCGAAAGCUCGAUAUCUGCAGGUAUUCCCAGGAUUGAAAAUAACUAAGUAUCGGAUAUAAUAUAGGGGAGAAAAUUCGUAAUUUAGACCUUGAAACAUGUUUAUUGGAAAUUAUUAAUAUGUAAUAUAUUAAUGCAUACAUACGUAUAUAURUAUCUAUAUUUGAAUUGUUAAUUGAGAA